AUGUUGCCUGUGGUCGCCGGGCUCCUGCUCGCCGUCGCUGCGGGCGGCCGGGGGUCGGCGGCGGGGGACCAGGAGAGCCCGCCGGGGAGCCGCUUCGUCUGCACGUCGCUGCCGCUGGACGCGGGCUGCCCGCUGCCCCCGGUGCCCAUGCAGGGCGGCGCGCUGCCCCCCGAGGAGGAGUUGAAAGCCACGGUGCUGCAGCUGCGGGAGACCGUCCUGCAGCAGAAGGAGACCAUCGGGAGCCAGCGGGAAGCCAUCCGGGAGCUGACCGGGAAGCUGAGCCGCUGCGAGGGCACCGACGGCAGGUCCGGCACGGGGUCGUGGAAGAAGGAGCUGGGCAAGGGCAAGGACACGAUGGGCGACCUGCCGCGGGACCCGGCGCAGGUCAUCGACCAGCUGAGCCGCACCAUGCAGACCCUGAAGGACCGGCUGGAGAGCCUGGAGCACCAGCUCCGAGCCAACGUGUCGUACGCAGCGCUGCCCAACGACCUUCGAGAGAUGCUUCAGCGGAGGCUUGGAGACCUGGAGCGCCAGCUGCUGAGCAAGGUGGCUGAGCUUGAGGAUGAGAAGUCUUUGCUUCAUAAUGAGACAUCAGCCCAUCGCCAGAAGACGGAGACAGCCUUGAAUGCCUUGCUAGAAAGAGUGUCUGAAUUAGAAAAAGGUAACAGUGCAUUUAAGUCACCUGAUGAAUUCAAAGUCUCCCUUCCUCUUCGCACAAACUACUUGUAUGGGAAGAUCAAGAAGACUCUGCCGGAGCUGUAUGCUUUUACUGUAUGCUUGUGGCUGAGAUCAAGUGCUUCUCCUGGAAUUGGCACUCCAUUCUCCUAUGCUGUUCCUGGACAGGCUAAUGAAAUUGUCCUUAUAGAAUGGGGGAAUAAUCCAAUUGAACUGCUAAUUAAUGAUAAGGUUGCCCAGCUGCCUCUCUUUGUUAGUGAUGGAAAAUGGCAUCAUAUUUGUAUAACAUGGACAACCAGAGAUGGAAUGUGGGAGGCUUUUCAGGAUGGAGAGAAGCUUGGCACAGGGGAGAAUCUUGCUCCUUGGCACCCUAUUAAACCUGGCGGUAUCUUGAUCCUGGGUCAGGAACAGGACACAGUAGGAGGAAGAUUUGAUGCAACUCAAGCCUUCGUUGGGGAGAUGAGCCAGUUCAAUAUAUGGGACAGGGUCUUAAAAGCUGAAGACAUCAUGAAUAUUGCUAACUGCUCUAUCAACAUGCCUGGCAACAUCAUACCCUGGGUUGAUAACAACGUUGAUGUGUUUGGAGGUGCUACUAAAUGGCCUGUGGAGACAUGUGAAGAGCGUCUACUAGAUUUAUAGCUGCAAUUGUUUCCCAUUCAAGUGCCCCCUUUAGUAGGACAAUCUUCUGUGCAAUUGAAAGCACUUCUUUUUCUCUCUGUCCUUCACCAAUCUUAACUCUUCAAAAGAAUAAAAACAAAAUUGAGCAAACUGCCUCAGUGCAAAGAUAGCUGCUAGUUCGUGGCAUUGAGCCUGGCAAUGAAAGAAGCACUACUUGGCAAGAGCUGCCCUUGCUUUCUUAUGGCCUGUUCCAAAAAUAUGGUUUGGCCAGCAGCAGCCUCUUGGUUAGACCUGAGUUGAGUACAUCAGUUCUUCUGGCAGGGAGGGGAACAGCCAUGCACAUGUUAACUAUAGUGCUCCUUUUGAUAAUGUGCAGUGCUGGCAAAGCACUAAGAUUAACAGCCCAAAUAUGAAUCCUUCCUUCCAGUCUACUGUCUCCCCUUUGAAUUUAAGCCAUUCUUUUUUAGCCCUUUUUAAAGAAACUGCUUAAUCCUGACACCUACAGGGGUUGUGGUGCAACCAUAGGUAGAGCAGGACAGCCACUGUCUGAGUGCAAGAGUCUUGCUUUUUAAUUUCCAGAUUAGAAAUCCUUAUUUCAUGAUAAGGAGGCAAUGUAUUUGAGCCAUGCUAUUCUCAUGCAGUUAGGGGAAAGGGUGUGUAAUCAGCAUAGCUCACUUAAAAAGAAGCUUCAGGUAAGAUCCUGCCCCAGAGCCAGGAUCCUAGUGCAGAUGGGUGGAUGAAAGAUUGUAUUUUCUCUAGGCUGAAUGUACUGAAUUUGUAGUGAUCUGGCCUGUAAACUUUUUCUCUAUUGUUUCUCUUGCUUUAGUCAAUGUCUUUAUUUUUUUAAAUAUACAAGCUGUGAUUAAGUGAAUUUCCAUUUUGUUUUGCUUUGAAAGGCCUUUUUAUGAGCAAGUGCCAAAGUUCAGUUUCUGCUUGCUGAGAAUUGCUAUAUAUUUUUCCAACAUAAAUCUUCUGCACUGUUUUCUAUGUUGUUAUAAUGGUCCUAUGUAAUAUGAAAAUGUGCUGUUUUUUCAAUUCUUGUUGACUGUCUCUUCUGUAAGCACUGGGCUGACUACUGUAUUUUCUAUCAUUUUAUCUCAGUAUUUUGCAAACAAUGUUGCUGUUUCCUUGGCAUUGAUGUGACUACUUGGUUUGUGGCUCGCAGAUAGCAAAUGUGCUGUAUGGGAAAGAGUUAAUAGUUUUGUUAUUUAAAAAAAAAAAUUAAAUGGGGGAAGAGGGUAUUUAUAAAGCUAAAUAUCAUAUUUUAUUUUUCUUAUGUUUAAAUUGUAAUAAAUGGUGACAGUCCCAUUUGUAGGAUAAAGUUACAUAUUUCCAUUAAUAUGUAGUAUGCUGUUCUUAAAAGAAAAUUCUUAUAAUGAACUUUUAAUUAAAAUGCACUGUAAAAUGA